AUGGAGGAUUACAGAUCAAAGACCUAUAAUGAUAACAGAAUGCAGAUAGAGCCUUAUUAUGGACGCCCCUCUGCCAGGCCUAAUGAUUUCAGGUCAUACAGUACUCCAUAUGCUUCUUCUUCUUCUUACUAUUAUGUAGCGCCGCCGUCUCCUCUGGGGCCAACUGUGCCGGCGGCGGCUCUAGGUCCGCCACCGCCGAAGGACUGGAAGCUCAAGAAAGGCAAAAGCACAAGUGGGUCAACUUCAAAAUCUUGGACUUUCAAUGAUCCUGAGUUCCAGAGGAAGAAGAGGGUGGCUAGCUACAAAGUCUACGCCGUUGAAGGCAAAGUCAAAGGAUCUUUGAGGAAGAGUUUCAGGUGGCUUAAGAAUAGGUACUUCCAGGUGGUCUACGGCUGGUGGUGA